CUCUCUCUAGCGUUAUUGCUGUCUCCUGUGAGUCUGACAACUGCAAAUAACCUCCAAAUUGCAUCUUGGAUCGUUUACAACGGAGAGCUCCUCCAUUAAUUCCAUUGAUCUUUUGAACUUGUUCGUGAUUUAUUCGGAUUUUAUGAGUAUCAGGAAUUGUGAUUAAGCAUAAGAUAUCGAAAAAAGAAGUGAAAAUGAGUGAGAACCAGCGGUUUCAGCUGGGAACUGUGGGGGCGCUGAGUUUGUCAGUUGUUUCUUCGGUGUCAAUCGUUAUUUGCAAUAAGGCUUUGAUUAGCACUCUUGGUUUUAUGUUCGCUACAACAUUGACAAGUUGGCAUCUACUAGUCACUUUCUGUUCUCUCCAUGUUGCUUUAUGGAUGAGAUUGUUUGAGCACAAGCCUUUUGAUCCAAGAGCGGUGAUGGGAUUCGGCAUUCUGAAUGGAACUUCUAUUGGGCUUCUCAAUCUUAGUCUUGGUUUCAACUCUGUUGGUUUCUACCAGAUGACGAAGCUAGCAAUUAUACCCUGUACAGUACUUUUGGAGACUCUCUUUUUCAGAAAACAAUUCAGCCAAAAUAUACAACUUUCACUGACUGUCCUCCUUAUGGGUGUUGGGAUUGCAACUGUCACUGAUCUUCAGCUCAAUGCCCUCGGAUCUGUCUUAUCUCUUUUGGCAGUGAUUACGACCUGCAUUGCCCAGAUUAUGACAAACACGAUCCAGAAGAAGUUCAAAGUUUCUUCAACACAGCUCCUUUACCAAUCAUGUCCCUAUCAGGCAAUCACAUUAUUCCUGACUGGCCCGUUUGUUGACGGGCUUUUGACAAACAAAAAUGUGUUUGCGUUUAAAUACACCCCUCAAGUCCUGGCCUUCAUUGUUCUAUCCUGCAUGAUAUCUGUUUCAGUGAAUUUCAGUACAUUUCUUGUAAUAGGAAAAACAUCUCCAGUCACUUAUCAGGUUCUUGGACAUCUUAAGACAUGCCUUGUUUUGGCAUUCGGUUAUGUUCUCCUUCGCGAUCCGUUUAGCUGGAGAAAUGUUUUGGGCAUCUUUAUUGCACUAAUUGGUAUGGUCUUAUACUCAUAUUUUUGCACCCACGAUAGCCAGCAAAAGACAAAUGAACCCUCCUCCACUCAACUAUCCCAGGAAAGCGAAUCAGAUCCUUUAUUGAGCGAGGAAAACGGAACAAACAAAUUGGUAGAUGGUAUUGGUGGUCCUAAAGGACCUUCUUGGAGUUCAAACAAGGAUCUGCAUGCUUAAAACAUUAACCAAAUCUGUUAAACUGAAUCCUCCAUAGUCCAUGCACAUGUGUUGAAGAUCUGCCACGAGAGAAAGAAUAAGAAAGACGAGAUUGAACUGUUUAAUCAAAAUUUUAAAGGAAUUUGUUUGAAUGGUUUGAUUGAACUUUUUUUUGUAUUCAUGUAACUAUGCAUUCUUUAAGAAAGAAAGAAAAAAAAAAUACAUUAAUGCAAGUGGUAGAGCUGUUUGUGCUGCCAAUAUGUUAGGUUCUACCAUUAUUUACAGAUGGAAGGUUCUAUAUACUUAGUAAACAAAAACAUAUCAUAUUUCUGUAAUCAUCUCAUUUUUAGGUUUUUGUUUGUUUUGUUUGUUGAAGAAAAUGGAUAUUGGUAUU